AUGUCGACACUCCAGGCGUACGUCCCAAAUACCAGAGAACAAUUGAAACCGAAACGACAUCAUGGUUAUGCUGUAUUCCUCUUUAUCAUGGGAACAUUGUUUCCACCGUUGGCCGUUGCAGCGAGGUUUGGGUUCGGAGGAGACUUUUGGCUGAAUUUACUGUUGACCAUCUGCGGAUACAUUCCAGGCCAUGGCCACAACUUCUACAUACAGAACAUCAGAAAUAACAAGAACCACCGUCGGACACCAAAAUGGGCUCAGCGAUACGGUCUUGUGGAUACCUCCGAGAUCCGUCGUAAGGAGCGCAAGUCCCAGUGGGCAGCCCGUUACAAUGAUCGUCUACCGGAGUCAACCUUAGAGGGGCAGCCGUACGAGGAGGGCCAGGAGGCCGGAUCAAGUAUAGACCUACCCUCGGAAGGGCAAAGGCAAGCCAAUGGAGAUCUUUGGCGGCCGGAGGACGAGAGCUAUUACGGUGCCGGACGAGGUGCUAACUCGAGUACAGCCUCCAGCGGGCGAUGGCACUAUCCUGCCAACUUUGAGGACACCGCUGUCUCCACAUCUUCCUCGAAACGAAGCAAGAAGAAGAAAGAGAAGAAGGAUCGGUGGGCGAGGACAGAAGAUGCCUAUUCUGUAUCGGAGGAACGACAACGAAAGAAAUCCAAGAAAAAGAAGGCGAAAUCGUCUACCGCUCCUGAAGGUAGCGUGUAUUCGCAAGAUGGCUCUACUGAGUUUCCUGAGGACGCAGAAGGAGGUUUGUAUGGCGAGAGGGGAACGGAGAUAGAGGACCCUGAGCAGAAAAAGAAAACAACAGAUGAUGUAUUCAAUCAUGAGUUUUGA